AUGGUGAAGAGCACGUCCUUGACGAAGCAGGAGCUCGCCGACGUUCUUGGCAGUGCGAAAACGAGCAAGGAGCGCAACCGCGCCGUGAAGCUUUUGAAGCAGUUCGAUCCGAUUCCGCGUUACGAGUUCGACGAUGAAGGCUACAAGUCGAAGAUGAGGUCUUCCGAAGCAGGUUCUUGA